AUGACUCUCAUGAAACUUCUUUUUCUAGUACCAUCUGUCCUUGUAUUCAAUAAUGCGUAUAUCUCUCCGAACCCGGCGCCCCAUGGCGAUGAUGCUAUUACCGGCGGGCCGCUCUACGAGCGUAUUUGCCCAGCCAUCUUCCCAGUGUUACAACGAUUGUCGGGCUUGAUACCUUGUGUUGCGGAGAUAGCCGUCAUACUUGCGGCUCAUUUUCCGUCACAUGUCUCAUCCAGAAUCCUCACUACUCUAGUUCACACCGGACAGCUCCCAGAUAUGAUGCCAAACAGAUACUUCAUAAUCGGAACUAUCUUCGUCAUCAUAGGUUGCCUGGGGCGUCUGUGGUGUUUCCGCGUCAUGGGACGCCACUUCACUCACCAGCUCGCCCUACGAAAGGACCACACCCUUGUCACCACAGGUCCGUAUAACAUCGUACGCCAUCCCGGCUAUGCAGCCAGCUGGAUCGCCUCGUUCGGGAUCUCGCUGAUCUACGCGAGCCCCGGAUCGUUCAUGCGGUCAUCCGGGUGGCUCUCCACUCACUUCGGGCGUGUAGUGUUUGCAGUAUGGGUAGUCCAAGUCAUACUGUCCGUCGUGUUAAGCCGCGCACGAUCCAUUAGCGAGGAUGCAAUGCUUCGCAAGCGUUUUGCGGAAGAAUGGGAUGUGUGGUCUAGGAGGGUGCGCUACAGAUUCAUUCCGGGUAUAUUGUAG